UCUAAGAGCUAAAACAGUGUAGGCCUACUUAAAGAAAAACUAUUCACUAUUCAUUUUCAGCAAUGUAGCGGUAGUGAGUGAGUGAGUGAUACGAGAUGGUUUUCAAAAUGCUCGCAGGUAAAACUUCAGUCGUGGCGUUUCGUUUAUCAUUACUUCAAAUAUUUAUAUUCCUGUUAUUUCUCGGAGGUUUGGGGUUUGGAGCUUUGUUAUUUUUCCCCGAAACAACUCGUUUAAAACGUAUUUUUCAAACGAAUUUGGACGGGUCGACAUUUAACACGGACUCUAUGAAUGGAGAAAGUGUACAGUCCAUCUCACCCAUUGGAUAUUAUUCGCUCAUUGAAUCCCCUCCGUUGGAUAUUGGAGGGCUACGUUCAAAAUUCCAACGUUCGUCUUUUAAUGUGAAACAUGAACAAAGUAUUAACGCAAGGAGUCAAGCCAAAGUUUCAACGGAACAUCAAGGUCAAGUGAACAACAAAGUUAAUGCAGGAGCCGUGGUGUCGAUUCUCUCUCGUUCACCGGUGAGAGUGAGGAAUUGCGUUGCGCCAUAUGGUGCCAAUUAUGGAAAGCCUAGCGAUCCCAAAUCUCAGGAGCGUCGGGAGAAAGUGAAAGAGAUGAUGAAAUUUGCUUGGGACAGCUAUAAACGAUAUGCCUGGGGUGAGAAUGAGCUGCGACCACUCUCUAAGAAUGGCAAUGACGACAGGACAUUUGGUGGCUUAAAAGGUGCCUCCAUCAUUGACUCUCUGGAUACCCUCUACAUCAUGGGACUUGAUGAUGAGUAUCAGGAGGCCAAGGAGUGGGUGGAAAACAACCUGAAGCUAAAUGUAGGCGGAGAGGCAUCUCUGUUUGAGGUGAAUAUCCGUUAUGUGGGUGGCCUGCUUUCUGCCUACUACCUAACUGGAGAGGAGGUGUUUAAGAGGAAAGCAGUAGAGCUGGGGAGGAAGCUGCUUCCAGCGUUCAACACACCCACCGGUAUCCCACAUGGAGUUGUUAACCUGGCUGGUGACUCCAGGCGGGCACCGGGGGGGGACCUGCGAAGGAGCAGUGUUCUAGCAGAGGUUGGAACCCUGCAUCUGGAGUUUGUUCAUCUGUCAGAACUCACCAAAGAUUCAAUUUACAUUGAGAAGGUUAUGAACAUUCGAAAGCACCUGAAUCAGCUGGACAAGCCACAUGGCCUCUACCCAAAUGCUCUUAAUCCAGUCAGCGGAAAUUGGGAGCAGCACUUUGUCUCCAUUGGGGCCCUUGGAGACAGCUUUUAUGAGUAUCUCAUCAAAUCAUACCUGAUGUCAGACCGGACCGAUGAAGAGGCUAAAAAGAUGUACUAUGAUGCUCUGGAGGCCAUAGACAAGAACCUGGUCCAGAGGUCCCCUGGUGGCCUGACCUAUGUAGCUGAGUGGCGAGGGGGCGUCCUGGAUCAUAGGAUGGAUCAUCUAGCCUGCUUCUCUGGAGGGAUGAUUGGGAUUGGGGCUGAACACGGCGGCCCAGGGUCUAGGCAGCAUCAACUGGACCUGGCUGCUAACAUUACCCAUACCUGCCACGAGGCCUACAGACGCACACCUACGAUGCUUGGCCCAGAGGUGUUCCGGUUCGAUGACGGAGCAGAGGCCACAGCUCCCAGGGUGAACGAGAGGCAUUACCUCCUGAGGCCAGAGGUGGUGGAGAGCUACAUGUACAUGUGGAGACUGACGCAUGACCCUAAGUACAGAGACUGGGGCUGGGAGGUUCUGGAGGCUCUGGAGCAACACUGUAGAAUAGCCACGGGUUUCUCCGGUGUUAUCGAUGUCUACAGCCAUAUGAUCCAACAUGACAACCUGCAACAGAGUUUCUUUCUGGCCGAAACACUGAAGUAUCUGUACUUGCUGUUUUCCGAAGAUGAUCUCCUGUCUCUGGAGGACUGGGUGUUUAACACUGAAGCUCACCCUCUGCCUGUCAUCCACAGGAACUGCACCCAGGAGGCAGAAGACACACACCCGGUCGGCCUGCUGGCCAGGCUUAUAGGGCUUCUCUGAAAGAAAACACAGCCUUUGGCCCCAAAGUAUUGCCAUUAUGUUUUCAUCCUUGUGGACUGGCACAAACUCCCUUUCUGACCAUAGUAACUUAUGUAACGCUGGUGGAGAUGGAUUGAAGAAAGACACGUGGUCUGUGAACAGUGGGGAAGUUUUCACUCUGCGGUCCAACUCAUCCCUAACUAUCUCAAUUGGGUUUUCUUGGGUGGAUUUUGAUGUUUAACACAUGAUUAAACACAUCUUGAUACAUGAUUACAUAUGUGUUAUUUCAUAGUUUUGAUGUCUUCUC